GACUGCACCUUGAAACCAAACCUGUGCUGUUCUCUUGUACAAAUAGUCCAUGAUCCAUCCUAAUAAUCUACCUUUGACACCUUUGAGAAUGAGUUCCUCCAUAAUAACAUCUUUGUUGGCCCUGUCAAAGGCACCCUUGAGAUCAACGAAAGCUCUGCAGGUAGCAUCCUUAUUUAUAAGGCACUCAACAAAAUAAUGACUUGUGGAAUGACCUUUUAGGAAGCCAUGUAUAUUGCCAGAGAGUACAUGGCCCACCUUAUAUAUAAGCCUGUUCAAUAUUACCUGUUCCAUCAUCUUACACUGACAGCUGGUGAGAGAAAUGGGGCAAAAGGUGCCAUCACCUUUGGGGAUUGGGAUGAUAAUGGCUGUUUUUCAUGAGUGGGGAAGCUUGCCUGCAGUGAGAGACAUGUUAAAUAGGUCUAAGAGAGGGUUGUCUACCUUUAUCUCCAGGAGGGCAUUGAGGAUGUCAUAGGUGAUGCCAUCCUUGCCAGGAGCUGUUGACUUGCCCAAUUUAACUGCUGAGAGAAGUUCAUCAUGUGUGAUAGGCACACAGGUGUCAUCUGUAACUCUUCAGCAAAUUGUGGAACAUUUUGAACACAGAGAAAGGCAGAAAGCAGCAUAAGCCAUGAAGAAAGCAGGAUGGAGUCCCAACCGCAGCAGGCUGUCUCCAGCAAUGACACCCUGGUGCUGGUGGGACGAAGGGCCAGCCCUAUAAAUUCCCUAGAGCGUGAGCACCUCACUAAGCUCGUACGGAAUGAAAUUAUCUUAGCCAAUGAGAGCACAGAUGGGAAAGUCAUGGCCAUGAAAAAAUUAGCAUGGGAGAGGGUUGCCCUCCAUUUUAAUGCAGCUGGAUAUUGUGAGAAGAGAACAGUAUAUCAGCUGCAAAAAGUAUGGGAGCGCAUUAAAGGAAAGGCUAAACAUAAACAUGCUAAUGUCAAAUGUAAAUCAUGUAAAACUGGUAGUGGUGCAGCUCCUCCUCCCAUCCCUGAAGCAAGUGCCAAUAAGGUGCUCACCAUUCCAGGCACAUAAACUGAUGACCUUGGCUGUGAUUUUGACAGUGAUGCUGUCAAAUCUGUCCAGAGAAAAGAAGCAGUGCAUCCUGUAACCUCAUAUAAGGAGAUCAUACCACAGGAAGAGUAGGUGCUAGCUACAUGUGGGUACUCCAGUAUCUGGAUGCACCACCUCCAAAUCCUUGGAGAAGCCAACAUCUUUACCCAAAGUUAGCGUACAGAAUCGUGCAUUAUUACUUUUUACAGAAUGAAUAUCAUUGUACAAUAAGGUCCCAGUUUAUAUCAAAGUUAGAUCCCUGGAACAUGACAAGCCAGUUUUGACUACCACCUGAGUUUAUGUACUUUUCAUUCUUGUCAUCAAAGUAGAUAUAUUGUGGUAUUUUCAACAAUUUAAUAUGUCUUUCAUUUAUAUAAUUAUGAUCUCAUGAUAUACUGUAAUGUACAGUGAGAUAAGAUUAUAUAAAAUGAAGUAGUAAGAAUGUAUGAGAAAAGAAUAAUGAGAGAGAGAGAGAGAGAGAGAGAGAGAGAGAGAGAGAGAGAGAGAGAGAGAGAGAGAGAGAGAGAGAGAGAGAGAGAGAGAGAGAGAGAGAGAGAGAGAGAGAGAGAGAGAGAGAGA